AUCAGACGAUAAGAUUCCUUCCGACCGGUAACGUGAUCCAAGUUUCAGAGUGAAUAUUUUUCAAGAAAAAAAAAUGAAGUGCUUAGUGUUGAUUUCGUUGCUGACUGUUGGAGCUCAGGCUUUUUUCACCCCGAACCAACAAGAAGUGGCCAAAAAGCUGGCGAUAGCCUGUUCGACCGAAAUCGGCGAGGGACUGCCGGAGAAUGUGGGUGACCGUUUCCGGGAGGGAGAUCUCACGCUGACCGACGACAAGAGCAAGUGCUUCAUGAAGUGCAUCUUCGGUAAGGUGGGCUUCAUCGACGAUGCCGGCACGGUCAGCAAGGCGAAGCUGGUGGAGAAACUGAGCAAGGGCAACGGUCAGGAGAAGGCGGAGAUGUUUGCCGAAAAGUGUAGCAUGUUCGAGGGUGACAACGCGUGUGAAAAGGCGCACGGACUGUACGAGUGCUACUUCAAGAACAAGGAAGCUUACUUUUCGUAAGACCUUUGGAUCAGUAAAAGGCGGUAGAACGGUAUUGACGGGUGCACACAUUUUGGAACAAUUU